AUGGAAUUGUUGCUGGUGAAUCCGAAUUUUAUGAAUCGUGUCAUGUACGAUACCAUGCGAGACAUGGAUCGAGCGGAGAGGAGAAUUUUUCCGUACUGGAGAAAUGCAGAUCAUUCAGUACUUCAUGUUGCGAACGAUACUGUAAAGGCUGUUGAUGACGACAAGAAGUUCGCGGUCUCGUUGGAUGUCUCGCAGUUUCGCCCAGAAGAGCUGAAUGUGCACCUGGAUGGAAGAGUACUGACCGUUGAGGGCAAGCAGGAGCACAAAACCAAGAACAGUUCAAUGCAUAGGUCAUUCACUCGCAAAUGGCUGCUGCCCGAAAAUGUCGAUCUGGAUGCAGUACGUACACAAGUUGACAACAAAGGCCAUUUGUCCGUGGAUGCGCCGAAGCACAUUGAAGGUCACCCGAAGAAGAGAAGAAUCCCCAUUACGGCGGCUCCAUCUGCUUCAUCCGCUCCAUCUAAAAAGAGGAGGUGUGGGUCGGGAGUUGAGCACUGA